GUGAGACGGGUUCUGGCGAGAGUCCUGGAUAUGGCCGCUGGGCUUUUGGGGAGAGUCACUGGCAUUGGGGAGCUUGCAUGAAGGUACGGGGAGCGGUGCGGCGUGAUUGGUGGUGGGAUCAGGGUCUGCGUGCGUGUUUGGGGUGUUUGCAUUGCGGGGCUCUGGAUGGGGGAUGGCGGGUGGUGAUAUCGCGUUUUCGUGUUUGUACUGACCUCAUCGAUUGGGCUUAGUAGUGCCUCGUUUCUUUCGUCUGGCUGCACGACAUCGCUUUUUGUGAUUGACGACCGAUGGCUUUAUAACUUGCCGCACUAUUUCCUGAUCAGCUGUCCUCUGAGCUUGAAGCUCGACACGACUACCCAUCAUGUCGAAACAAUACCUCACCCUCCACACAGCCGAAAAUGCACACCCCAAAGCAAGCGACGUCUUCGCCCUAGCACCGACAACCACACAACUCCUCUCCGCAUCCGGCAGCUCGUCAAUCAACGUCUACGACACCACACAGCCCGAGUUCCCGCUCGUCCAAACCCUCGAAAAGGCGCACCAGCUGGGCAUCCACCACCUUGUCACCGCGAGGGAGGACAGGGCGAGACGAGCAGCCAGCGCGGGGUUCGAGGGCAAAGUGAAGAUCUGGGGACAAGGCGAGGACGGGAAAUGGGUAGAGGAGGGCGAGAUUGUUGAUCAGAAUAAACCGGGUGAGAUCUGGGCCAUUGCUCUGAGUGCCGAUGGCAUGUAUCUUGCGAGCACCAGCAUCAACGGGAAGAUCAACGUCUGGAGUUUGGAGAAGGAGAAGCAUAUGCCCAGGAUUAGGGAGUAUGAAACCAAGGGCAGCUUCGGGCUUUGCGUCGACCUGAGCCGAAACGGAAGCUUCACAGCCUCAGGCCACGAAAACGGAUCCAUCUACAUCUUCAACAACGAGAGCGGUCGCCUCGCACACUCCUUGUCCGGCCUCGUCCACCCCGUCCGCAGCCUCGCCUUCUCCCCCGCCUCAAAGCUCCUCGCAGCCGGCGGCGACGCACGCAUAAUCGCCCUCUACGACGUCACAUCCGGCGAGCAGGUGGCAAACUUCACCGGACACGGGGGUUGGGUGCUUACUCUGGACUGGAGCGAUACGGGGGAGUAUCUACUAUCAGGGUCUCAUGAUUCGAAAGCUAAGGUAUGGCGUAUCGAUACGAGGGCUUGUGUUGCGACACAUUCUCAUGGCGAUAAGCCGCUGUGGACGGCGAAGUGGUUGCCUAAGGCGCCGGCGAAGAGCGAGAUGUUCGCACUGGGUGGGGGGAAUAAUUCUAUUAGCUUCUAUAGGGAGGCUGCGGGUUGAGGGGAGGAUGUUGGACUGUCCAAGCAUGAUGAUGGGGUGGUGAUGGGAAGUUCAGGGGGAAGAUGGAGUUGUUAAAGGAUGGAGUGGGAGAUGAUGAUGAAGAUUCGAGACGGAGAAUUGCGCAUGCGGACCUGGCACAGCGCGAGAAAAAUACGGCCAUAGAGAU